AUGAACGGCACUACUACCCUGUGGCAGUGCGCUAGUCAAGCGAUGCUUGACUCUACCCACACUUUUGGCGAUGGCUGUUUCGAGCUAUCUCAUCGUGGUGUGAUACCUUUGGUGGAGGUGUUGCAACAAAAUGCACUCAAAAUCCUUUCCGAAAUUCAGUUGUCAACAGCAGAUGACGCCCGAGGAAGCGCAAGAGAUCAUGCAGGUGUCGUGGAGAUAAGAUAUGCAGCUCAAGCUCCCGGGGUUCUCACUGGCAUUCACGCUGUUCAAAACGUAUGGGAUACCUACCAUCUCGAAACUUUUGGCAGCGACAAAGCAAACUGUGUCGGAUGUAUUAUUUGA